CCAUAAAAACGCCCCCAAUUUCACAGCAACGGCGGUGGUAGUGGCGGCGGCGGCGGUGACCCUGCCGUGUCCGCCAGCACCAGGCACCGUUUAUGGAUCCGACCGGUUGCUAUAGCGCGAACGCCAGCACCCCUUCGUUCUCUCCUUGUCGCUCUCCAGCUGUGCCACGCCACGGGCCCUCGUCGGGGAGGAUAAGAGAAUCUCUCGAGUGUUAUGUCAAUGGAGUCGACGGCGAGUAGCCGUACGGCGAAGUGGCUUCUCGCUUCAUCGUGACGGAAAUGGCACAUCGCUCGACCUUGAGAACGUCCGCGAACCCUCGAGAGCCAACGGGGCGAUCAGGCGGGUGAGAGGUCGAUCUUGGACGACAUCAAGAGAGGAUCCUGGACCAACACGUCUUCGUCCAGAAGGUACAGUCAGCAAAAAAGUAGGGAGACAGGCAACGAGCAGUAGGGAAGACUUCUCCUUGCUUCUCGGCGCACUUCUCUCCGAACAUCGGCUACGGGGACAUGUCUGAAUGGGUGGCGUUUGCUCGUGCCGCAUUGGUCGCGGCGACCAGGUCAACGCCGGUUCGAUUCUCGACCGUGUGAUCAGCCAGGCCAGCAACGAGGACCAGUGUUUGCUGUACCGACUGGCUAACUAUAAGAAGGGCGGCGAGCUGAUCGAGGCGUACAACCAGGGCGGCCAGCCCGAAGUGGAGAAGCUGAUACGCGAACAGUUCGGCGUGCUGAUGUACGCGGAUGGCAAGGGCCAGACGAUCAAUCGAGCCGAGUACCUGCGCUGGAAGUUCCGUGACCUUGAGCAGGUCGUGCUGCCCAUCGAGGCUUCGCUCUCUCGUUUCGAUCCUCUCGCACAAUGGCGCGACCACGAGGCCUGCUGGCAGAUGCAGUACCGAGGCUCCUUGGGUGAGACCCUGUUGCACGUGCUCAUCAUAUGUGACACGCGCACGCACACACGGAUAGCGCGCGUGCUGCUCAAGUGCUUCCCGCGAUUGGCGAUCGAUGUGGUCGAGGGCGAGGAGUACCUAGGCGCGAGUGCCCUGCAUCUGGCGAUCGCCUACAACAACAACGAAUUGGUGCAGGACCUGGUCGAGGCGGGCGCGAUUGUCUCGCAGCGUGCCAUCGGUAGCUUCUUUCUGCCGCGCGAUCAGCAGCGGAUGCAUCCGGCACGCAACACCGAUUACGAGGGACUCGCUUAUCUUGGCGAGUACCCGCUUGCCUGGGCCGCCUGCUGCGCCAACGAGAGCGUCUACAACUUGCUGCUCGACUCCGGCGCGCAUCCUGAUGAGCAAGAUUCCUUCGGAAAUAUGAUCCUGCACAUGGUCGUAGUCUGCGAUAAAUUGGACAUGUUCGGGUAUGCCCUGCGACACCCGAAGCUGCCAGCUCGCAACGGGAUCGUGAACGCGGCCGGGCUGACCCCGCUGACACUUGCCUGCCAGCUGGGGCGUGCCGAGGUCUUCCGUGAGAUGCUGGAGCUGUCCGCGCAGGAGUUCUGGCGUUACAGUAAUAUCACCUGCUCGGCAUACCCUCUCAACGCUCUCGACACGCUGCUGCCCGACGGCAGAACAAACUGGAACUCCGCGCUAUUUAUCAUUCUGAACGGCACGAAGGAGGAGCACUUGGACAUGCUGGACGGUGGCAUUAUUCAGCGAUUACUUGAGGAAAAAUGGAAGACCUUCGCACGAUUGCAGUUCUUGAAGCGGCUGGCUAUCCUGGUGUUCCACCUGCUCUCGCUGUCCCUGGCCGUGUACUGCAGGCCCGCAAACUUGGACGUCCCCCUGCUGCAGUGGCCCACCGAGAUAAGGGAGAUUAUCCGCACGGUGAGCGAGUGUUGCAUCGUCCUGAGCGUGCUCGGCUACAUCCUGGUACAGUUGGGCGGCGAGAUGAUCAACGUCGGCCCGCUAUCCUUCGUCAAGCAACUGAGCCACGAACCGGCCAAGCUGAUAUUCGCGAUCAGCAAUCUGCUCAUUCUCGCGUGCAUUCCAUGUCGUAUCGCCGGCAAUCGGCACGCGGAGGAUGCGAUACUGGUGUUCGCCCUGCCAGGCUCGUGGUUCCUCCUCAUGUUUUUCGCCGGAGCCAUUCGACUGACCGGUCCAUUCGUCACGAUGGUGUACAGCAUGAUAAUGGGCGACAUGCGGACCUUCGGCAUGAUCUACUCGGUGAUGCUCUUCGGAUUCUCGCAAUCGUUCUACUUCCUCUACAAGGGAUUCCCCGGCGUGGAAUCGUCCCUUUACCACUCCUACUUCUCGACCUGGAUGGCACUGUUUCAGAUAACCCUCGGCGAUUAUAACUACGCGGAUCUGAGCAACACGACUUAUCCCAUCCUGAGCAAGACGGUGUUCGCAAUAUUUAUGGUGAUGGUACCCAUACUAUUGCUCAACAUGCUGAUCGCCAUGAUGGGUAACACGUACGCACACGUUAUCGAGCAAAGCGAGAAGGAAUUCGUCAAGCAGUGGGCGAAAAUCGUGGUAUCUCUGGAGCGCGCCGUGUCGCAGAAAAAUGCUCACAAUUAUCUGCAAGAGUACAGCAUCAAGCUGGCGGGUGGCGAGCCAAAUAAUCCCGCGUCAGAACAGAGGGGUGUGCUGAUUAUUAAAAGCAAAUCGAAGACCAAGGCGAAGCAGCGGAAGGGUGCCGUAACUAAUUGGAAGCGGGUUGGAAAAGUCACGAUAAACGAGCUGAGAAAACGAGGUAUGACCGGCGAGGAGCUCCGCCGUAUAAUGUGGGGUCGCGCGUCCUUCUCCACCCCCGUGCGAGUCAGGCCCGAUGCCGGCCAGCCGCAAGUGUCGGCAGUUACUGCAGGUUUUGGGGAUGCGCUGACCGCGGCUCUGGACGUAAUGGCCUUUGCACAUGACUUUGACUUAUCCACCGCGACGGAGGGCAUACCGACCAAUAUCGACGCCAGGCAGAUGAGGACCACACCAAAAGCUGCGCCCGACCACCAGCAACACGCGAAAACGACGCCGAAUAAUCCGCAGGCGACGACGACGACGACGACAACGACGACGACGACGACGACGACGACGACGACGACGAGCCUCCAGCCGCACAAACAGCCCAUUCAGACGGAGGAAACUCGAUUGUCAGCUCUCACGGAUUUAAUCGACAGACCCAUCGACCCCGUGAACGUCGAGGCGAUGAACCUGAAGAACGCGAAUCAGACGAGAGCGCUCAAGGAAGCUGUCGAGGAUCCGUUCCUGGAGCUCGCCAUUGCGUCCGAGACUGCAGCGGACUACGAGAGCCUGCUACAAAUGGCCAAGUCCGCCCUGGCCACGAGCGAAGCCUCGAUGAAAGCUAUGGUUGACCCGCAAAUUCUCGCGCACUUUACCAUGAUAGCACCGCCGACCAUCGAGAAACCCGUCGUUGUUAAGAAGCAAUAUUUCGUGGAGUCCAGCGACAACGAUCUCGGCGGCGAUAAUUUGCUCGGCACCGAAGCUCGCCUUCGCCGGAUAAAAUCAGCGAACAACAGAUUCAUCAGCACAUCGAGACGAUCUCGACGUCACGAGGAUGAUGACAGUUCUUCGUCCACCACGUCCAUCGAGCGAAAUCAACGGUAUCGACCGCUGUUGAAUGAUCCGGAAGAGAACCUGUCGAACCAUAACGAGACCGAAGGACAAAAGGCUUCCGGCGAAAUGAUUAAGUCGGAGAUCAAGCAGAAUGGCAGCAUUCCUACCAAGCCACCGGAUAAAAUCCAGAAACGUCGGCCGAAAACAGCUAAAAACAGGGUAUCGCCCAAGGAAAUAGGGGUGCCGGCGCACGGAGGAGAAUCGAUUGAGCGGAAUAAGACGGCUUCGCCACCGACGUCACCCUCGGAUCCGCUCGAGCCGUGGAGCACGCGUGGCAUCACCGACAUGAAUACGAUAUUGGCCUGGCGAGAGAACGCACCGGAUAGUCCUUAAUGUGACUUUAUGACAUUUCGCGCGCUGCCUCCGCACAUCGGCCACCCUGACGCCAACGCCGACGCCGACGUCAACGUCGCGGGACGAUGCACACGGAUGAUCGUGCACAAAGGAAUCUCACGCUCGAACGAAAGAGAGCCGUUUAUUCUGCAAAUUUUGUGUAAAUCAUGUUUUAGAAAUUCUGAACGUGACGUGGCCGAUUCUGCAUAUGAUUCUACAUAUGUUUCGUGUCUGCGGAAUUGGUCUCUGCGAUGCGUCGUCGCUUUUUCUUGUUCGAUAGUUAUGCCGCGAUUUAGGGAUGAUAGGUACAGCGAAAUGAUACUCUUUAAAACACGAAAUCAGUAUUGGUAUUUUUAAGAUGAAGCACAGAGAGUUUCUCGUCGUGGUCCUUAAGUUUUGAUGUAUUAUAUCUAGGAAAUAUAAUUCAUGCUUAAAAUAAACGCUAUCGCUGCGAAUUAACAAACGUGAAUUAACAAGCGAUGAUGCUAAGAUCAGAUUAGAUCAGCAUUACGAUAAGCAUUAAUUAAUGUUUCAUAAAUCGUUAGCAUGCGUUGUCUCAAAGUUCCAUUAUGACCUCAUGAAAAAUGUACAAUGAUGGAGUACAAAACUAAUUAAUGGCAUUUUUUUAUGUAUCCAAAAGAGAUCGACUCAUCGUUCUUUCGGAGCAAACUUCGACACGCGGAUUAGUACUGCAUAAAUUAGUUUUUCGCGACACUGGCGUGGCGCUUAAUGUAAAAAGGCGCUUCCGCUUUUACGAUGAGCUCGAGCUGAACAGUUCGUAAAAGUGUACGAUCAAUCUCGCGAAUCGAUUUGCAUACAUAACGGUGUUCUAUACAUAUACAUAUAUAUGUAUAUGUAUAUUUGGAUGCCCUCGAUGUAGAUACUACUCAAUCUGCUAUCUCGCGCAGCGCAGAUCUCAUCAUAGAAGACACGCCGCCAAGUAACAAGGCUUCCGUACGUGAUAAUUAUGAAAGCAAAUACACACGUCAGGGACCAAAUGGUAUUAGCUCAUCGUGUAAUUUCUGGAGGGUUUGCGCGAUGAGAAAUCUUCGCUCGCACAUACACGCAGUCUGUUAAAACGAACCGUCGAGAAAUCCCUCAAAGAUACAAAGAGCAGACUACGCAAUGCAGGCAAACACGCACCUUCCCUCGAGCUUUUAGAAGAUAUUUCCAACUUUGAAGGGAAUUCUGGAUUUUACUACUGCAAGAUCUGCCAAUUACACUAUUAAGAUGCUCGGAGAGUCGCGAGCUGCAGUAACGCGCGGCAUUAAUUCAGCUUCCCGCUGGCGAUAAUUAUUAAUUAACUCACUUAGUUCCUGUUGGUACCACACUCAUUUAAUUUUUGCAUAGCUUGCAUUCUGAAGAUUGAAACAGCGAGUCCGCGAGUCGAGAGUUAGCCCGUUGGAUACGGGCGAGUGCCUGCGGAAAAUAUUCUUGGAUAUUUGUGGACAUAUCGCUCGGAUUCCCAUGUAAAUAUCUUGUCCGUAUAUAAAAAUAUAUAUCGUGUAUACCAUUUGUACAUUGAAACUCGCAUGAAAUAAACUAUUUUCAAGUCAA